AAGUUACCACAAUUUGCAAAAAUGGAGUCGACUCAAAAAUCCGAGUGUCGAUGACACAACACUAGAUGACCUUAACUCCACUAAGAAGUGAGAAAGCAGUGAAAAUGAGGUCGCAUGUCUUCAGUAUUUUCACUUGAACGGUUAGUGCAUUCAAAGCAACAAACGCGACAAAAUGCUUUAACAGUAAAAGUAAGAGUGCAUUUUUAUUAUAUCUUAUAUUAAACCUGAAGAAUUUUUCUUAACAAUGACUUCAAAAUUUCCACAAGCGGCAAAAAUCGUCAAAAACAUAACUCGAAGUCGCUCUCAAUCUGUAACACCAGCAUUUUGCCCACAUUUAGAAAACCUAAACGACGCUAAACCCUACUCGGAAAUACCGGGACCUAAACCUAUACCAAUUUUGGGUAACACUUGGCGACUGCUACCAAUCAUUGGCCAAUACGACGUUUCGGACGUAGCAAAAUUAUCAGAACUUUUUUACAAGGAGUAUGGCAAAAUAGUUAAAUUAUCAGGUCUUGUAGGACGCCCCGAUUUAUUAUUUAUUUAUGACGCAAAUGAGAUUGAAAAAAUCUAUAGACAAGAAGGGCCUACACCUUUUAGGCCUUCGAUGCCUUGUUUGGUGAGAUAUAAGAGUGUGGUCAGGAAGGAUUUUUUCGGGGAUGUGGGAGGAGUAGUAGGGGUACACGGUGAACCUUGGAGGAAGUUUAGAAGUACUGUUCAAAAACCAAUUCUUCAAGUACAGACUGUUAAAAAAUAUAUUGAACCAAUUGAAAACGUUACGAAUUAUUUUAUUCAAAGGAUGAUGGAAAUGAAAAAUGAAGACAAUGAAAUGCCUUCCGAUUUUGAUAACGAAAUUCAUAAAUGGGCUCUUGAAUGUAUAGGAAGGGUAUCUCUGGAUGCACGCCUGGGGUGCUUAGACCCCAAUUUACCGCCCGAUUCAGAGCCCCAAAAAAUCAUCGAAGCGGCAAAAUACGCGUUACGAAAUGUAGCAAUUUUGGAACUAAAAUUUCCAUUUUGGCGCUAUUUUCCUACUUCACUUUGGACAAGAUAUGUUCAAAAUAUGGAUUAUUUCGUAGAAAUAUGUAUGAAACACAUAGACGCAGCAAUGGAACGAUUGAAAUCGAAAACAGUUCUCGACGAAAAAGACCUUUCUUUAGUUGAGAGAAUUUUGGCCAAUGAACCCGACCCAAAAACUGCAUAUAUUCUAGCCUUGGAUUUAAUUUUAGUAGGAAUUGACACUAUUUCAAUGGCCGUUUGUUCUAUUCUUUAUCAGCUUGCAACAAGACCAGAACAGCAAGAAAAAAUGUAUCAGGAAUUAAAACGAAUUAUGCCAGACCCUAACACUCCCUUGAACACAAAAUUAUUGGACCAAAUGGACUUUUUGAAAGCUUUUGUCAAAGAGGUUUUGAGAGUUUAUUCGACAGUGAUAGGAAACGGAAGGACUUUACAGCAAGAUACCAUAAUACACGGAUAUAAAAUUCCAAAAGGAGUACAAGUGGUUUUUCCUACUCUUAUAACCGGAAGUAUGGAGGAAUUUGUGAGUCAGCCUAAUGAAUUUAUUCCGGAACGUUGGAUGAAAAAAUCAGCGAGUGAUUAUAAAAUUCACCCAUUUGCGUCGUUACCUUAUGGAUAUGGAGCGAGGAUGUGUUUAGGAAGACGAUUUGCUGAUCUCGAAAUCCAGGUCCUUUUAGCUAAGCUGAUAAGGUCAUACAAGCUGGAGUACCACCACGAACCGUUGGAAUAUAAAGUCACUUUUAUGUACGCACCGGAUGGGGCAUUACGUUUUAAAGUUAUCAAACGAGAAGAAUAAAAACUGGCUUUUGCACCACUUUUAAUAAAUUAUUACAAAAGUUACUCUUUAUCCCAGUUCUACACGCACACUGUGUGAAAAUAUUUAUUUAUAAGAAAAUAAAAUGAAAUUUUUGAAAUAAA